GCUCAGUCGUUUGCUGGCUUUCAACGCUGUCGGUUCGUUGGUUUUCCGGACUUUCCCCGCUCUCGUUCCUGUGUUGGUGUCGCGUUCUUUCGACGUUCGUUCUGCUGCUUUGCAUUCACACGCCCCCCGACCAGCCACGCCCCUUCCCAUCCGCCCCAAUAAUAUCUGCGACGUGCGACUGUGUGAGUGUUUUAGCAAAUGUUGAAAGGCAGUGGAAACGGCAGCGGAGGCAGCAUGGCCCAAAUUGUUGGGCGAGGGGCAAGGGGCGCGGUGGUUGGCAAAUGAAAAGCCCGUGGAAAGCCGUGCAUACUGAGUAAUGAUUUUCGUGCGAGUGUGUGAAAAUGAAAGUGUUUUGCUGCGCGUGUUAAAUAAAAACGACGAAGAGUAUAAUAAUACAGCUCAAAAUAAAAAAAUAAAGCUGAAAUUUUGCAGAGAAACAAAACCUGGAAGUCACAAAUAAAAUGGCAGCUUCCCGUUUCUUACACACACAGUCGAAGGGAAAACUGAAAGCUGAUUUUGGCCCAUGAAUGAACUGAUAUUGAGUUUGGCAGAAGAGGAAGACCAUCACCACCACCCCCGCCACCCACUCACACAAACACCAUCACAUACAGAUGUGCGCACAUAAGAACACAAGCAAUUUUCUAAAGAUUUUGCUGGCCAAAAAAUAAAGCAAGCAGAAACGUGCCGCGCAUUCGGAGGAGAAAAAGUAUAAAAAUACAUACAGCUGGGAAAUAAAUAGUGCGCCCCCUUGACGCUUUGCUGGAAAUUUUUAAAAAUGAAACUGGUUCAAGGUCGGCGAAACGAGGUUGUUGCACCGACCGUUUGCGGCCAAAAGGGAACGGGCCAAGGGAUAAUUAAACACCGACCAUAAAUCAACCGUUUGUGAAGCGGUCAAUACAUCGAUGUGGCCCAAUUAUUUAUGACAAAUUCUUAAGGUUAAACUACCAAAGGAGGGAGGAAAACAGACAAGAGAGAGAGAGAGUGAAAGGAACAGACAGAGAGAAAGAUAGAACGAGACGUGGGCGCAGUUUUUGAGAGUUGAGGGGCAACCAUCGGUGAUGUGGGACACAUCCCGCCACGGGCAAUGCAACAACCCCAACGUUAUAUACCGUCUGUAUCUGAUCUAUAUGGCACGGACGAGAUAGAACUGCUGCUGGACGAGAUUCGGGAGCUGGAGCUGGAGCCGGUCUGCUGUCAGCUGGACGAUGAGCAGGACUUUGAAAUAGCUGGCAGCAGGGCCGGCGAGCUCUCCCACUCGCACUCGCACUCGCUGUCCUUGGAAUCCCCCCUCGGAACCUGCACCUCCUGGGACUCCCAUGCCAACUACAAGCAGAGGGGCGGCCACACCCCCCUGCCCUGGGGCGUCGCCCUCCACUGUGAUCCGCAACACUUGAAAUCGCCUACAGGGAUUGUGCGCAUACUAUUGGUGUUAUCCUCGGCCGCCUGCCUGGCCUGCGAAUGCUCCGCGGGCACCGUACAGGUGGGCCUCUUUCUACUGCCACUCAUCGGACGCCUGAGGCUGAUGGUCUUCUGCGCGCUCUUUUCGCUACUCAUCACGUGUCUCAUGCUCUUUCUGGAUAUAUCGCAUAUAGCCCUCAUGUUCCCAUUCAACUGGACAAAAGUGAAUACGUGGAUGUACCUGAGUGUUGGUUUGAUAUUUAUUUUGAGCUCCACGCUGCUUGUCCACAUGGUGCUAUAUGCGACUGAAUACACAUGGGUAUCCAAGCACUCCAAGGACACGCUUCUGGCCACUGGGAUAAUUGGCUAUCUGUGCGCCCUGGAGGCAUUUCUUCUGUCGGGCAUUGCAUCCUGGCCGUGGAGUCAGUACCGCCAGGUUCCCGACGAUGCCAGCGAAUUGUUCAUCGAGGAUCGCGAGAUGACGCCGAUGAGUCCCAUUAAUUGUAGCACCGAUCUGCAGGCGACGCCAUAUCAUCACAAUGGCAAUGCGACCACAUCGGAUCUGUAUAACCAACAACAACAAUCGUCCUAUAAUCAAAAGCCUUAUAUACCUGCCAAACGACCCAAUGAGCUCAACAAUCAGCGUCCAGCAUUGGGUCACACACAAACCGCACGGUCGAAACCCAAUCAGCGCUAUCGAGAGGGCUACCACUAUCACACAUCCCGCCAGAGUCCCACUUUCGUGCUGGGCGAUGAUCAGGGUGCCGGUCCAUCCACGUCCCGUUCCAAUGAUAACUCUAGUGCGUGAUAGUUCUUAAUGCCUCAGCCAGACGAAGCACACAGCAGGGAGAACUUGGCCAGGCGUCCGAGGAAGGGGAAUAGUUACAGAGAUCUCUAAGCCAUUAAAUUCGGGAAAAUCAAUUGGAAGCAUGUUGCAGCACUUUGAUCGAUGUAGAAAGUGAACGAGCACAACGGACAAAAUUGUUAAUUAGUUUAAAACCACACGCGAAACUCGUCGGAAU